CGCUGUUUUCAAGAUGGAAGCAAAUUUUGGCAAAAAUGAAAAUUAUGAUAAUAAAUCAACUUUCUAUGCUAUAUUAUCAAAUAACUUGAUUUGCCAUGUUGAUUAAUUGUUGUGUUUAUGAGCCUAUAAACUUAUACCCUAUCUGAAACUUACUGUGAUUGUCUUAAAAUGGAUAAAUUAAGUAUCAUUUCUGGUGCCUUGUUUUUCGCAGCUGACAUAUUUGCUGUCAUAAGUCUUGCAAUGCCAAAUUGGAUCAUUUCUGAAGUAGGAGGGAAUGUUUAUAUUGGACUUCUACAGACCUGUUUAACAAUUUAUGGCAGGCCACCUAUAUGUUUUUCCCCAGAACCAGUUCGUGCUGAAUGGGUACUGACAUUCAUAUGUGUAGUUCUGGGCAUUAUGUGUAUCAGUAUAACAGUUAUUUUAUUGGGUCUCUCAUUGUGGGAAUACAGAGUAAUGAAGUUUGCACGAUGGCUGGGAUUUGUGGCAAUGAUUUUAUUCUGUAUUGCUGCUGUGAUAUUUCCUAUUGGUUUUGAUAUGGAUCAAAUAGGAGGAGAAGCUUAUCAGUUACCUAAUAACUUUCGUGUUGGAAUAUCAUAUAUUUUCUUUGUAUUGGCCUUGUGGAUUACUGUAGUGUCUCAACUAUUCGCAUCUAAAGUUUGUCUCCCACAUUUUUGAAUGCAAUGUGUUUUAUGGAAGGAAUGCAUAUGAGACGUUAAAAGGCAAAAUUUCCUUGAUUUUUUUAACGAGGAAUAAUUUUCACUGUUGCCAAAACAUGUUUAUGCAAAGCUGUGUUUUUUGUUUUAUUUGUCAGAAUUCUGAUCUAAGAUCUACACAAGGGAUUAAUGAUUAUUUUGUAUUUCAAAGUGUAUUUACUUCUGUGAAAGGAAAGAAGUCAGAUGAAUGUAAAUUGUUGAGCAAUGAUAUUUGAGCACAAAGGAUUCUUAGCAUGAGCGAGGGCAGUCUUCUUUGUUUUUAGGUAGUUUUGAGUAAUUAUUACAAUAUUAAUAAAGUUUUAAAGUUUUAUUUACAU